AUGAUUGCCCUUCUCGUUGUGUCUUUACUGACAGUGGUGGCAGUGGCCAUCGGACUUCUGGCUCACUUCUUAGUCUCUGGUCAGAAAGUGGAGUAUUAUCACGGCACCUUUAAAAUUUCAGACCUACGAGUCAACAGUAACUCUGGACAAUAUAGCCCAUACCACCUUAAGGACUUAAGGGAGAUGAGCGAAAACUUGGUGGAUGAGAUAUUUAUAGACUCGGCCUUGAACAAGCAUUACAUUAAGAACCAAGUAGUCAGACUGACUCCAGAGGAAGAUGGUGCAAAAGUAGAUGUCAUUAUGGUGUUCCAGUUCCCCUCUGCUGAGCCAAGGGAAGUAAGAAAAAAAAUCCAUCGCAUCUUGAAUGAGAAGAUAAGAAACACCAGAGCCUUGUCAAUAAAUGCCUCAUCAGUUCAAGUUAAUGGUUGUGGUAAAAGAGUUGUUCCAUUAACAGUCAACAGAAUAAUGUCCGGAGACCUUGCAAUCAAGGCUGCCUGGCCGUGGCAAGCUUCCCUUCAGCAUAACAAUAUACAUCAGUGUGGGGCCACCCUGAUUAGUAAUACGUGGCUUGUCACUGCAGCGCACUGCUUUAAGAAGAAAGCAAAUCCAAGUCAAUGGACUGUUAGCUUUGGAACAACAAUCAACCCUCCAUUAAUGAAAAGAAGUAUCAGAAAAAUUAUUGUCCAUGAGAGGUACCACUCCCCAGCAAGAGAGUACGACAUUGCUGUAGUGCAAUUCUCUCCCAGAGUCACUUUUACUGAUGACAUCCGUCGGGUUUGUUUGCCAGAAGCCUCUGCGUCCUUCCAACCAAAUUCAACUGUCUAUAUCACAGGAUUUGGAGCACUCUUCUAUGGUGGGGAAUCCCAAAAUAAUCUUCGAGAAGCCAGACUGAAAAUCAUAAGUGACGAUGUGUGCAAGCAGCCACACGUGUAUGGGAAUGAUAUAAAAUCUGGAAUGAUUUGUGCUGGGUAUCUGGAAGGAACUUAUGAUGCCUGCAGGGGUGAUUCUGGGGGACCUUUAGUUGGAAAGGAUCUUAAAGAUACCUGGUACCUCAUUGGAAUUGUGAGCUGGGGAGAUAACUGUGGUCAAAAGAACAAACCUGGAGUCUACACAAAAGUGACUUAUUACAGAAACUGGAUUGCUUCAAAAACAGGCCUCUAAUUCCCUAUACAAGUUAAACAUGGA